GAUAAGAGAAUGGACUAUGAGGUGGGAAGCUAUGCAUCCUCACCAGUAUGUGAUGUGUUGGACUUCACCUGUUAUGAGGACUUAAUGGGUAAAACCUCACCCCUGGAGUUGCCAGUGAUACCUAAUGCUGAUGAACAGCAGCAGGAGGAGGGGAUAUAUCAACCUUUGAAAGUCUACUUGAGAGUCAGACCCUUCUCCAAAGCAGAGCUUGAAAGCAAUGAAUCUCAGGACUGUGUAAUUAUUGAAAAUCCAGAAACAGUAACUCUACAGGCACCCAAAGAAUCCUUUACAAUGAAAAACAGUGAAAAGGGGAUUGGACAGUCUGUACACCAGUUCACCUUCACUAAGGUCUUUGGUCCAGAAACUACUCAAAGUGACUUUUUUGAAGGCACAAUGAAAGAGAUAGUAAAAGCUUACAUUGAUGGAGCAAAUGGACUGGUGUUUACCUAUGGGGUUACUAAUGCAGGCAAAACAUUCACUAUUCAAGGUUCUCCAAAAGAUGGUGGUAUUUUGCCUCGUUCUCUUGAUAUGAUCUUUCACCACAUAAGAGGAAGACAAUAUCUGAAGAUGAACUUGAAACCAUACUUAAGCAAUGAUGUAAAGAAGCUAGAUGUGACACAGGUUAAACAAGAGGAAAUUAUAAAAGCUGCUGCUCUUUCUUCUCUGAAAGAGGUCGCCAUGACUGCUUUUGAAGCAGUCCAGUUAACUAUCAGAGACCUAUUCCUCAACAAAUGA